AGAGAUUCUGUAUAUGCUGGGAGUGUCAAGGAGCAUGGGUUUCCAAGCAUACCUUCUAUUCACAUCAAGAAUAUAUCACAAACAGUUUUGCAUCUGCAUUCAAGCCAAGAUUUGACCUGUCCUUGGAUUUGUACCAACAGAAGAAGUAUCAGCAGCCACUCUAUGAGGGUUCAACCACAAAUGUAUUGGAGGCAGUGACCAAGCACUUGUAUACCUUUGCUAUGAACCAUGGAAUGUCCAAGACAGCACUUUCUGACACUCUUCAGUGUGAAAAAUCAUCGUUACCACAACCAAACUAUCUUCCUGGGUCAUACAAGGAGGCAAAGGCAUUUAUUUCUCCAUUCCUUAUGCCACUGGAAAAAUAUGAUGCAUGUGUAAAUGAUUGUAUUGUUUAUCGGGAUUCUGGAGCCCUUCUUUACUCAGCUUUAAGUGACUGUCCUGUAUGUGAUGAGCCCAGGAAGAGCAGGAAGAUAUUUACAUACAUGCCCCUUGGACCUAGGCUAGCCAGAUGGUAUGGGACUCCUAACUUAUGCAGACUACUGUAUGCAGAAAAAGUUCAUGUAAAAAGAGAUGGCAUUCUCAGUGACUUCACAGAUGGUGAACUUUUUAAAUCAUGGUUUGAACCAGGAGAGAUCUUUGAAAAUAAGAAUCCAGAGUUAUGUGUGCCACUCUCAUUGUUUACGGAUGGUGUCAAUCCUAACAAGAACAAUGUUUGUCAGAAGUCCAUGUGGCCCAUCAUGUUGACGUGGAUUACUUUGCCACCAUCAAUCCGACAAUUGCUUGGACCAAUGCUCCUUAUGGGAAUUAUACCAAGUGGAGUAAAUGGCUGCGAACCAAAAUCAUUGGAUCCAUGCCUAUCCAUUGUGGUAGACGAACUUCUGACUCUCACAGAAUUCCCGGUAUAUAAUUCAUACCUAUCAGCUCCAAUGAUGGUUAAAGUUGCACUCCUGCAGUAUUUGUGUGACAUUCCUGCCUAUUCCAAAGUGAUGCAUUUGACCGGUCACGCAAGUUUGAGAUCUUGCCCAUACUGCAGAGAAAAAGGACACUACUGCAAGCAUUUAAGGAAGACAAUUCACAUUUCAAGCAGACAGUUUCUUCCCUUUGGUCAUCCUUUGCGGAGUGCCCGGGGAUUCGCCAUAGAUGGACAAGAAGAAAGAAGCAAACCAACUCCAUAUACUCAGGAGGAGGAGAACAGAAUGCGCAUCCAGUAUGAAUUAAAACCAAACAAAACACAGAAAGCAAACCAACAGAAGUCAACAGGGUUGAAAGGAAAUUAUAUUCUACAACAGCUUCCUUACCACAACAGGAUUAGACAGAUGUCACCAGAUGGCAUGCAUACCUUGGCAGACUUUAUCAGUCACCUGAUGGAAAUGCUAGUUGGUAAACAGAAUACACAAAAAGUCAUGUCAUGUGAAAAGAGUUUUGGCCGCUUUGAUGAAGUUUGGACAAGAGGUGCUGAGAAGCAGGCCAGUAUUGAUCGCCCCAAAAAGAAGAAGAAAGGAAAUGAUGAAAGUGAACAGACAGUAGUUGAUUCAACACCGUGGUCGCUGACUAAGGAGCAGAUUAAAAUUGCAGAUGAAAGAGCUUCCUCCAUUGUGUACAGCCACUCACAUGAAAUUACUCCAGGGCCACAUUUUACCAAGCUAUGGACUUUAAGGACAAUGAAUGCUAAACUGCAGUUUGUCACUUCUGGGGCUUUUGAAUGGUGCAUCAAGGAUCUUCUUCCUAUGACUCAAGAAAGAACUCUGCAACAACUCUGUGAUGUUAUAAGAAGAAUUGUGUCGCCUAAGUUGACCGUUCUUGAUCUUGCCCAUCUCCAGGCAGACACGCAUGAAGCUCUAUCUUGUCUCGAGAGAGAUUUUCCUUUGGCAAUGCAGAACCUUACUACUCAUCUCAUUCACCACAUUGUGGAUGAUUUGGCAAACUACGGACCCAUGUAUGGCCGUUGGUUGUUCCCUUAUGAAAGAGCUAAUGGAUGGGUGACAAGACAGUGUCUGAGGAAGGGAAUGGAAGAAUCCACAGUCAUGGAAACAUAUGUGAUAUAUGACUGGUGUGUAUAUAUGAUACUCAGUGGAAGGUUCAACCCUGGCAACCUGUCUAUCAAUGAAAAGACCCUUGUAAAAACUAGUCAGCAGAUCAUGGAGCAGAUGAGAGAUGGAUUCAGCUUUUCUCCUCAAGAAAACCACACAAGGAAGAAUACCAUAUCCCAAAUUACACCAGAAAUGAGGCAGUUCAUGAUGAACUUUUAUCUUAUAAACCUUAAGUUAAGCACAUUGCAGUUUUCAUCUGAAGUGACUGAAAACUAUUCAACACUGGACAUUACAGAUGAGUGUGGCCGACAGAUCCGUUAUAUUGGAACCCGAUUCAAGGGACGCAGAGAACCUUCAGUUGUCAAGCUUCCUGGAAGUGGUGGACUUCUCUUUGGACAAAUAUGUUUCUUUCUUGAACACAUGUUAUGUGGAGCAGUCCAAAACUGGGUUAUUGUAGAUGUGUAUCCAAUUGCCGAAAAAGUUGGGAAGUAUUUCUUCUUCCAGGAAAAUAUACUAGGACAGCAGCUGUUCCAUGUAAGUGUAAUCAGCAGGCCCCUUGUUCACAUGAAGGACAACGGUGUUUGGAUUAUCAGUGCUUAGCGGGAUACAUGACUGUCUGUAAAUGUUCUUAUGUUAUGUCUUUGCUUUCAGAAGAAUAGCAUAUACAAUGUACAUAUAUAUAUAUAUAUAUAUACAUGUAUAUAUGUACGGAUAAUAUGUCUUUUAAGACUCUGUGUUACUGUUUAUGUGAUGUGGUGUGCAUGUAUACAUGUGUAUAGAGAAACUGAAUCAAAGCACAAAAUAGCACAGUCUUGUUUACUUUUUAAACACAAGUUUAUGCUGAAGGCAAAGAAAGCACCUUGAAAUCCACUCAGGUUUUCCUUUCUUUUUUAUACCAGUUUAUGUUAUUUUUUUUUAAAUCUAGUUAUUGAUGUAUUUACAAAAUUAAGUUGAAAUGAAAUAUCAGAGUCAGUGUUUUUUUUUAAUAUAGUACAUGUGUAUUCCACUUCUAUAUGUGAUCUUUUAUUUAUACAGUCAAAUUACAACAACAACAUUCUCAGACGUAUCUUGUUGUAUGUAGAAAGUUAAACAAGUACUGUAAUCAAAUUUGUCUCCCAUCAAUGAUCAUGAUGUGAUAAAAUGCAUAUAUUUGUUAUCAUGAUGAUUUGCAUGUUUAAAUGUGUUUACUUUUGUAUGUGCUCAGUGUGGUUGAGAAUGAA